AUGACUAAAUACUCUGCAAAGCAAUGGUUCGUCAAGGAACGGUCAGGAGACAAUAUAAACGUCGAGGAAACUUUCGAAUUGGUCACGAAGGAGUUAUCAACAGAUGACCUCAAAGAAGGAGAUCUCUUUCUCAAAGCCCAUUUCUUUUCUAAUGACCCUACACAGAGGAUAUGGGUCAAUAAGGAUAGUGUCAAGGAGAGGCUUUAUAGAGCGCCAAUCGAAAAAGGGGAUCUCAUGGAGGCCUAUGGGAUUUAUGAAGUCAUCGAGUCGAGAAGAACGGGCUACGAGAACGGAGAUUUUGUACUUGCUAGAGCGUUCUGGGCUGACUAUUGUACAUUGACGCCUAUCGACUUAACGAUUGAUCCCGGGGCUACUCUGACGAAAAUAAUGGGUGAUCCAACUGAUUUUCUAACUUUGGGAAUAACGGGAAUAACCGCUUACUUCGGCCUCCUCACCGUCGGCGCCGCCACCUCAAAAGACAGCACCGUCGUCGUCUCCGUAGCCGCCGGUGCAACAGGCUCAGUAGUCUGUCAAAUCGCAAAGAACGUCCUUGGUAUCAAAAACGUAGUAGGGAUCGCCGGUUCUGAUGCAAAAUGCGAACUGCUGAAAAAAUCCUGCGGAUGCGAUUAUGCAUUAAACUACCGCUCGCCAACUUUUAAACAAGACUUCGAGGAAGCUACGAAAGAUGAUAUCGAUGUCUAUUUCGAUAACGUGGGAGGAGAGAUUUUGGAUAUGGCGCUUUUAAGGAUGAAGGAGUACGGACGGAUAGUUUCAUGUGGUGCUAUUAGUAUGUAUGAUGAUAUGAAGGGUGGGAAGGCUUCGGCGGGAAUAUCGAGAGAGGCUUGGUCACAGGUGUACUGCCAUAAGGUUAGGAUUGAAGGGUUUAUCGUGAUACAAUUUGCAGACCAGCUCCCGAAAGCACUGGCGGAUUUGGUACCUUGGCUUAUGGAGGGGAAGAUCCACUUGAUUAAAGAAAUCUGGGAUGCAAGGAUGGAAGAUGUUCCUCAAGGAAUGUUGAAGUUGUUCAAGGGUGAAAAUACUGGAAAAUUGAUCACUAAAAUUAUUCAUUCUUGA